AUGUUUUCCUGGCUUGGAGCUUCUGCUCCAAUCUGCGACACGAAAGACCUCAGUCAGCUACUUGAACAAAUCUUACCCGCCUUCAACACCGUUGCUGAGAGGGUCUGCGACGACCUUCGCGACGUUUCGGACGACAAAUUGGUAGCCAGCAGGCGAACAUCAUACACCCACUUCAACGUGCAGUUUUGUUCCUUACAAGGUGUUUUCGAGAAGUGGGACAUCGCAGACACAUUUCACCGCUCGUCGGAAGCUGAGCAAGCCGAGAUCAAAAAGAACAUGAUGAAGAUCCUCGAUGAGCUUGAAAAUGUCUUUCAGUCCCGGAAAAACAGAGUUGCCGCAGAGGCUUUCGAGCGCCUUGGCUUUGAACGAAGGCCAGAAGAGGUUUACCCAAGGCUUCGCGCGCUGAGCAGGGUACUUCGUGGGAAUGUUUCACGCGACGAUCAGUUUCUCUGUGACAUUGAUUGCAUUAUAUGCAUCCACAGAAAACGCGGCAAUGAAGAAAGGCUGGAUCGAAAACUGAAGGCAGCUGCUGACUUCUUUCUCAAUCUGAAGUCAUCCAUCACUCCGUCAGACUUUUCGUGUCCCAUCAGACUCUCAGACUAUCCUCUAAAGGGACUGAGGCUACUGGCAGACGAAUUAUUCAGGGUUUUGCAUGAAAGUUGGUCUUGUAGAUGUCACGUCAACCGGGAAACGCGACUCAAUUUGACCCAGCACCAACAAUUCCAGACAUCUCCUGCUUGGGGGGAUUCAUUGCCCCGCGAAGCUCGCUUCAGAGUACUGUUCUUGAAUGGCUACUGCGGUCAUGAGUGGCAAGAUGCUGAUAUUUGUGUCUACAAUCGAGAUCUCUUGCAAAGUUUCAACCAAAAAGUCCAAAACCGCUUUUGUCAAAUGCUUCAAGCUGUUGAAAUGGGAGCUCACCUCCGAAUGGCUGUGUACAGGCAAACACUUUGGGAGCUGCGAGCUGGUAUUGAUACCGAUCAGUCAUUCGUCCCUCAGAUACGCAGCGACCAAUUCACGUCCCUACGUGACUUGCUUCAACCUAUUGGGAGAGACAGGAAGUCUUUAAUAUCAUCUGCCUCCCUUGAACACCGUCUCAUCUUGUCGUUUGUACUAGCAACAUCUUUCUUGCACUUCUAUAAUGGGCCAUGGAUGCCGGCUAUUGAGGCCUGUGUCGAUCCGAAUAAGUUCGGGGCUGGAAUUCUCUCGCGACCUACAGAUCAGCCCGAAAGCAUAAAAGAUUUUAUAAACGAGGUCAGGAAACACAUUUUCGAAAAGGUUCUAUACCGCCUGCAAGAGGCUCUUGACAAGUCUUACCGUAUCAAGGUGGACACCCUUCACUCCUAUAUCACCGACAAAAAGGAUAAGUUUUUGCCUGGAUCUUUCGAUCACGAAGAUGAGAAUGAGCCCGAAAGGGUCUCCCACAGACAAGAACUUGCCAGGGCAUGGUAUCAACACCUCGGCGGCGUACACGAUCUCGUCUAUGGUUAUGAAGAUAAAUGCUCCUUUCUUGGAGAUGACGUCAAAAGGUCAACUCUAGUCAAAGUUGCUGUGCUUGAUACAGGGCUUCAGCUAUCGGAAGAACUCCAGGAGAAUUACAUUGACGCAGGAAGGAUCGAUACCUUAAAUUCUUAUUCCUUCGUCACUAACACUGGAGAGUCGGCGACCGAGGACUGGAAAGUUGACUGUGAUCAACACGGAUCAAGAGUAGGGCAGAUUAUCCUCGAUGUUUGUCCAAAAGCCGUAUUGCAUGUUGCAAAGAUUUUCAGGUCGAGGGAGGAUCUAGCGAACCCUGUCAUUGCAGAGCAGGUUCACGAUCGCAUUUCGAAGGCAAUCUAUCAUGCCGCCAAUGAGUGGAAGGUGGACAUGAUAGUUAUGUGUUUCGGCUUCGAUAAAUCAAUACCCGCCAUCGAUAAAGCCAUUGAUAACGCCAUCAAAACUGGUCGUCCCCCAUUGUUCUUUGCAGCCACCCGUAAUGAUGGUGCUAAUAAAUCAAUGGCAUGGCCGGCAAGAGAUCUCUCAAUCAUAGGGAUUAGCUCUGCCACUGGCGAGGGUCUUGAGUCCACAUUCAACACAUCAGAAGAGGAUGUGCCGGUGAUUUUCCACGCUCUUGGCGAAGGAGUACCUCUUGGGCUUGAUUCCUUUGGAAAACCAGACAAGGAUACAAAAUACGUGUCCGGGACCUCUUAUGCGACCCCAGUCGCUGCAGGGCUGGUGUCAAAUCUUCUGUCAUGUGUCCGUAUGGCCGUGGAGAUUUGUCCUGCACAUGACAGGCGUUUAUACGACCACAUACCAGAAGCAUUACGGGGAAUGAAGGGUAUGUUGAAAGUGAUGAGUCAAAAGAUGCAGACGAAACAUGCUCGUGGUGAUAAGUGUUUAGCUCCCUGGGAUUUCCUCAGCAUGGAACGGCUAGGGAAAAGGUCGAUUUUGGAAGAAGUAGAUGAGGUGUUGAGGAAGUCUUGA